AUCUCUCGAUCUACGCGUUGCGACGCGUCCAGGCGCGUCUUGUCGCGACCGUCAUGACCGAGCCACCCUCAGAUCCUCCUCUGCUCUUCACUCCCCCCACACAACCGUCCUCCGCGCCCCAGGAGCUUCCUGACAGCCCCGUCAGGCUAUCCAGCGUUGCCGACGGUCCCCCCACCUCUGAUGAUCCCAUCGUUCUUCCUUCACCGCCAGCCUCGCCUCUCACUGAGCCCGACGAUAUUUUGCUUGUUGAAGACUCAAGCCCGCCGCCAGCCGUGCAAGAACAGCCGUUCUACAUCGAGGUCCCACCGCUCCCGGCGGACCAAAAAGCUCUAUAUCAGCCGAACUUUGGAGAGCAACUCAUGACGUCCGGUUCCGCCUUUGACUUUGACGAAUUCUCUGAGAUCGCCGGGGAGUAUGAGGUUGACGGGGAAAUGUAUUAUUUUGCACGGGACUCCGAAGGAAUUUUGCACAGGUUUCCCGUCGACGAGGUACAGGACAUUCGUCCGGAUUUGGUGGGAAAAUAUGAGGAAGCAAAGGAAGCCGGUACUCUAGGCCCCUUUGAUCCCUCAGCGAGCUACGUGCACAUCAACUCUCGGGUCCGUCUCCAAGUACACAUCAAGCGCGCUCCACCAAAAACGCGUCGUACUAGGCAACAAAGCUCGAGCAGCGACGAGCUUGCCGCGGGCUUCCGUUCUGACAGCGGAUCGCCGCGCGGGUAUGGACGCCGCACCUCCACGAGUGGCAAGAACAAGAGGAGUCGUGAGCUCCCUUUCAGCCCAAAGAAGACACGCUCGCGGGGCCGCGCGGUCGUCGCCCGGGACUCGGAUGCGGACAGCGACAGCGACGUGCAGGAGAUCGUCGUUCAAGCCGCCACCCGUCGGUCGACGCGUACGAAGAGGUCGGCCCGGUCGAACCUCAAGGACGCAGACUUUGAGGAGGACUCCGAGAACGCCUCGGAGGAGGACGAGUAUAGCGACUCGGACGCGGGGUACAGCGGGAAGCGGAAGCCUGCGAAGAAGAAGAAGCCUGCGCGGAAGAGGGGCUCGCGUGCUGCCUACGGCCACUUCCGGCCUAUAGCGGACAUGGAGAUGGACGAGGAGGUCAGCGAAGAGAGUGCCUUCCUGCGGAUACACAGGCGGACAUGCGAGAAGUGUCAUAGAUUGCCUACGCACCAGGCCAUGGUCCAAGCGAAGAAAAAGAAACCAGGUAGACGCAAGAAGAAGGGCACGGAUGAGGAAUCAGCGAAGACGAGCUGGCCCGACUGGAAGCCCUCGGCGGCUGGGUCCGGUGCGCACUGGAACUGCCUUGCGAAGACCCAGCGAGACGAGAUACUGAAGGCAGCCUUGGAACGCGACAAAGCCGAGUGGCAGGCCGCGAAAGACCGCGCCAUCGCGGAGGGCGAAGAGUUCUUGGAGCCUGCGCCAGUCAAGCGGUCGGAGCUGCGCAGUGGCAAUCGACGGACUUUAUCUGCACGUCCUGCAUGA